AUGACAUUCGAUAGAGACAACUCGCAGCUGCGGGUCAUUAUCAUUGGCGGUGCCGUCUCGGGCCUCACACUCGCUCAUUGCCUGGAGAAAGCCGGGAUCGACUAUGUUGUUCUCGAAAAGCACCGAGAUAUCACGACGAAUAUUGGUGGCUCUGUUGCCCUCCAGCCAGCUGGAUGCCGCAUCCUCGACCAGCUGGGCGUCCUCGAUCAUUUGUGGAAAUAUAUGAAUGAUAUACAGGCAGUCAAUGUAGGGCUACCUGAGGGAUAUACCCAUCGACACGCGAUGUUUGCUCAAAAUCUUACGGAGAUUGGUUACCCAUUCUCCGCGCUCACACGUCGAAACUUGCUAUACGCUCUCUUCAAUACUCUAGAAGGACGCUCAAAGGUGAAAGUUGGGGCCAAAGUUGUCGGCAUCGACCGCAGCACAGAAUCUAACGGACAAUUAACGGUUACAACCGAAAACGGGGAGCAUUACACCGGAGACAUAGUCGUCGGCGCAGAUGGGGUCCACGGAAUCACCCUGAAAGAGAUGGAGCGGCUAACAGAGCCCCCGGCCUCGCCGGCCCUAGUCAAGGACAAGAGCAAAAUGACGGUCGACUACAUGUGUCUUUUCGGCAUGACCACCCCAUCAAAAGAGAUGACUGCCACGAUGAAGCCAGGAGAGAUCUACACCCGGUCGUACUUACACGCCUUCUGGACCAUUAUCCCAAACUUUGACACUACCAUCAACUGGUUCGUUAUGAUCAAGUUGGAUCGGACUUACGUCCAUCCAAAUGUACCAAGAUGGCCACAGAGAGAGGUCAAAGCGAAGCUAGAAGAGCUCGGUGGUUACCCGCUCUACGGGCAAAUUAGGUUCCGCGACCUAUGUCAGAGAACUUCGUCAGUCGCGUCAACUCCCACGCCGGAGGGUAUUCUGGAGUCCUGGACAUCUGGCCGGAUUGCCGGUGUCGGAGAUACUGUUUUCAAGUUGACCCCCAACUUCGCGCAAGGUGCAAACCUCUGUAUUGAAACCUCUGCAGCCCUCGCAAACAGCCUCCACAGACUGACCUCUUGCUACGCCGGCACAUUCACCAAACCCACCGACGUCGAGAUUCGACGUGCCCUCUCCUCCUACCAAGACACUAUCCAACCCCGGAUUGAAGGCAUCAGCGCCUUCUCCUAUCGCGUGUCCCGCGUGCAUUCGCUUGAAAUCCCCUUAAUCGCACAACUUAUGCUCCGCUACACGAUCCACAUUACCGCCCGCCUAGCGAAUUACAGAAACACCAUGGAAUAUGAAGGCGGCAUGGUCCUGGAGUAUCUGCCUCUACCUGAGCGUGACCGUCUGUGUGCAACUAAACGGGCAGUAACGCUGGCGGAGUGGAAAGCUUUUUUCCAGAUCCUGCAGUUUCGCUGUGGCGUCCUCUUGCUGGUGCUGAUGCUGGCUACUAAUGUUUUUCUUUAUCCGGGGUCGAUUGAUGCCGUCGUCGGCAGUGUUCCACUCGGUUUCAGGGGUGGGCUGAAUCGGGUUUUUGGUGUAUAA